GUCUAGUCAGUUGAAGCAGACACAAUGUCAGAAAUAAUCUUAACAAAAGACAAUGUGUUUCAAUAUUUUAAAAGAGAUAACCAAAAGAAAUUUCGAGCAAGAUGCAAUACGUGCGGAACAAGUUUAGACUACGCGACCAAUGACAAUUUUUUACGUCAUUUACGUACAGACACACAUAAAGAAUAUUUCAUCAGAGAAACAAACAAAAACAUAGAAGCUGAUCCAGAUAUAUACUACAACAAAUUAUUGCAAAUGUGUGACAUUUGUGGAAAACGCGUUUCACAGGCAACAAUUAAAGCUCACUUAAAAACACAUUCUAUAGAAAAAAUGGUACAUCAUGAAACAAAAAGGACUAAAAAUGAAUAUAUGAUACAAUAUGAUGAGUUUUGGGUAAAGUGCAAACUGGAGAAUUGUAAUGAACUUAAACCACUUUGUUUAAGUCCGACAUUAAAAAAACAUUUUGAAAAGCAUAAAAAAAGAAACGAAUUGAAAAAUAUCCAAACGGACGAAACGCGUAAGCCAACUAUAAUCACAAAUAAGAAAGAACUAUUGCACAAUUACACACUACACAAUCCUGAUCGUUUUCAUGCACGAUGCAACUUUUGCGAUUUUGAAGAAUAUUAUGUAAACUUUAGCAAAAUUCGUCAACAUAUUCACGAAUAUCAUAACGAAGUUUAUAAACACGAAGAAAAACACAGAGGAUACCCGUGGAAACAUUACAAAUAUUAUAACAAAAACAAGUUGCAAUGUAAUCUCUGCAAAGAGUGGCAUAUUGAAGACUUUACUUAUUUUGACUCUGGGGUAAUAAGCCAUAUAUUUUUCAUGCAUACAUUAGAACAUGGCAAAACUGUUGGGGACGUAAACGGAACUGAAUGGGCCCCAAAAUACUGUGACAUCGACGGAGAUUUUCAAGUGCAAUGUUGUCUUUGUCCCGAAGAAAUGGAACUGAAUAUUGAAUUUACAAAAUUAAACGACCAUAUUGAAAAUACACAUCCGAAAGAGCCACCAAGUAUGAAAAGACAGUAUGAAACAGCUGGACCAUCAGGAAGCCAACCACAGAAAAAAAAAGGUUCAUCGUAAAGAGAAAGAUGCUAACGACGAUCAUGUAGCACGACAACCGGGCACCACGACAAAAGGCAAUCUCUACUUUGGUAAUUGAAACAUUUUAGGUUAUUUUAUAUUAAGCAAUUUAAAAUGCACAGAAAUAAUGUAUCUCUGACGUGUAAUAAUUCGUUUUAUGUUUUCGAAACUAUAAAUACGUUUAUAAAUUGACGCUUUAUAAGAAAGGUUAAGUUUCAUUUUUGGAAUUUACAAAAUACAUUCAAUAUAUUUUAUAUAUUUGAUAUAUUUGCUUAUAUGUAAUCCGUCUUAAAUUUAUAAACUAUGCUUAUAAUUUCAUAAAGUAAAACAAUUUUAUAAAGUAACAAUCGACUCUUCGAUUCAAAAACAAAAUUUGUUAAUAAGUUAUUCAGCACAAUAAUAUUUCAGUUUUAUUUUUAUUUCUUACAAUUCUAUGUGUACCUUGGUCAUACGUGCAGCCUGAACAUUUAUUGUACUUUAAGUAGUUUGAAUUUAUUAUUACUCCCUAGUAAUUUUUAUAUUACUACAGGUUUUCGAACUAUAAUAUUAAUGUAAUAAUAAUAAUUGGUAAAAUACGAGUAUGUCUAUUUAAAUAUUACAGUUAUACUUAGCCUCUCAAAUUGAUAAUGCUUUCAGAAUAAUAAAAAAAUAGAUUUGUCAUUAACGAAAUGCAUGCUGUAACACAUGUAAGACGAUUUCCUUGUAGAAUUGAAAAAUAUUCAACACAAAUGCUUAUUGUAUCAUUUGGCUAUUUUAUUAAUAAUUUUUUAUUUAUUUGUUUAAUAACACAAUCAGAAACUAACGUCUGUCAGUUAAAUUCGAUAAUCAUACAAGAUUUCUCAAAUGUUUGUAGCUAUCGAAAAUCUGCGAAAACAAAAUAUUAUAACGACAAAUCUUUUUAAUGAUUAUAAUUCGAAAUAUAAUUAAAGAAAUUAAAACGGUUCGAACGACUUUUAAAUUAACUAUGUUUUACAAUUUAUAAUUAUUUAUGAUUAAAGAUAGAAACUGCGAUCAUGAAACUUCAUAAAACGAAAACUUAAACACAUUGACAGCAUAAUGUAAACAAAUGUAUAAAUAAUGUAUUAAUUCUCUAAAGUAUUACAAGUAUCUUUAAAAUUACGUCAUGUUAUUAUUCUAAUAUUACGCUAAUGUAAAAUUUUUUAGAUUACUUGCUUAAUACUAUCAAUGCUUGCAUGAUGUUCAGUUUGCGGUACAUAAUGUUGAAUAUGGACAUAACGCAUUUUUCAAUUCAUAGUAAUUUAGUGUAAUUAUAAUUAGACUGAGUGUAAAUGUUAAUACAUAGCAUGUAAUAAUUAUUGUUAUACGUAAAAUACAUAUGCAUGAAAGGAAAA